ACGGGUAACACUAACACUACAUACUCGCAUUUCCCCAGUUCAUGCCUGGAGGGGCGGGUGUGGUCUUGCAGUUUCGUCACCGAUUACGUCACGCAGAACGAACGCAACCGAAACGAGUCACAUGACACGCUUAAAGGGGAAGGGCUGCCUUUUGGUGAAAUAUAUUUAAUAAACAUGCCUGCCACACAGCAGUCCAUGCAGGAUGAUCAGGAGAAACUCCUCGAUGAGGCUGUCCAGGCUGUGAAGGUCCAGUCCUUUCAGAUGAAGCGGUGCCUGGACAAAAAUAAGCUGAUGGAUGCCCUAAAACAUGCGUCCAACACGUUGGGAGAGCUGAGGACUUCCAUGCUCUCUCCAAAAAGUUACUAUGAACUCUACAUGGCCAUCUCUGAUGAGCUGCACUACCUGGAGAUUUACCUUACAGAUGAGUUUGCCAAGGGAAGAAAGGUGGCUGACCUGUAUGAGCUGGUUCAGUAUGCAGGGAAUAUCAUCCCAAGACUGUAUUUGCUAAUCACUGUAGGCGUGGUAUAUGUGAAAUCGUUUUCACAGUCCCGGAGAGAUAUCCUGAAGGAUUUAGUAGAAAUGUGCCGUGGAGUCCAGCAUCCUCUUCGAGGUCUUUUCUUGAGGAACUACCUACUCCAGUGUACCCGGAAUGUUCUCCCCGAUGACGGAGAGGUUACAGAAGAGGGGACGACUGGGGACAUCAACGACUCUGUAGACUUUGUGUUGCUGAACUUUGCGGAGAUGAACAAACUGUGGGUUCGCAUGCAGCAUCAGGGCCAUAGCCGGGACCGGGAGAAGCGAGAGAAAGAGAGACAGGAGCUGCGCAUCCUGGUGGGGACCAACUUAGUGCGCCUCAGUCAGCUGGAGGGUGUCAACGUGGACAAGUACACCCAGGUUGUGCUGCCUGGAAUUCUAGAUCAGGCGGUCAACUGCCGAGAUUCCCUAGCGCAGGAGUACCUGAUGGAAUGUAUCAUCCAGGUGUUCCCGGAUGAGUUCCACCUUCAGACAUUAAACUCAUUUCUACGUGCUUGUGCAGAAUUGCACCAAAAUGUGAAUGUGAAGAACAUUAUUAUUGCUCUUAUUGAUAGGCUGGCCUUAUUUGCUCAUAGAGAGGAUGGUCCUGGAAUUCCAGCAGAUAUUAAAUUAUUUGAUGUAUUUUCACAACAAGUGGCAUCAGUUAUACAGUCUCGCCAGGAGAUGCCUUCCGAGGACGUGGUGUCCUUGCAGGUGUCCCUCAUCAACCUAGCCAUGAAGUGUUACCCUGACAGAAUAGAUUAUGUGGACAAAGUUCUGGAGACCACAUUGGAGAUUUUCAACAAAAUGAAUCUGGAACAUAUGGCCACAAGCAGUGCAGUGUCCAAGGAGCUUAUGAGAUUGCUGAAGAUCCCUGUGGACAUCUACAACAAUAUCCUGACUGUGCUUCAGCUCCAGCACUUUCACCCACUCUUUGAGUACUUUGACUAUGAAUCCCGAAAGAUCAUGAGUUCCUACAUGCUCGGCAACACCUUGGACAACAAUACGGUGAUCAAAGCCCAGGAACAGGUAGAUGCAGUAUUAAAGCUGGUGUCAACACUGAUCCAAGACCAACCUGAUCAGCCUUCAGAGGACCCAGAUCCUGAGGACUUUGCUGAAGAACAGAAUCUGGUUGGGCGGUUUAUUCACAUGCUUCAUUCUGAGGAUCCAGAUCAGCAGUAUAUGAUUUUAAAUACUGCCAGGAAACACUUUGGGGCAGGAGGGAACCAGAGGAUUCGAUUCACGCUUCCGCCUCUGGUGUUUGCUGCAUAUCAGCUUGCCUUCCGUUACAAAGAGAGUUCCAGUGUGGAUGAAAAGUGGGAGAAGAAGUGUCAGAAGAUUUUCUCCUUUGCCCACCAGACCAUCAGUGCUCUGAUCAAAGCUGAGCUGGCGGAGCUGCCACUCAGGCUCUUUCUCCAGGGAGCCCUGGCAGCUGGCGAAAUUGGUUUUGAGAACCACGAGACGGUGGCUUAUGAGUUCAUGUCACAGGCGUUUUCCCUGUACGAGGAUGAGAUCAGUGACUCCAAGGCCCAGCUGUCGGCCAUCACCCUAAUCAUCGGCACCUUCGAAAGGAGCAAGUGCUUCAGCGAGGAGAAUCACGAGCCGCUGAGGACGCAGUGUGCGCUGGCUGCGUCCAAGCUGCUAAAGAAAGCAGAUCAGUGCCGGGCUGUUGGCACCUGUGCCCAGCUCUUCUGGUCGGGACGCAGCAGUGACAAGAAUGGAGAGGAGAUCCAAGAUGAGAAGAGGGUGAUGGAGUGCUUAAAGAAGGCUCUGAAAAUUGCUAACCAGUGUAUGGAUUCCUCUUUGCAAGUGCAGCUCUUCAUUGAGAUCCUCAAUAGAUACAUCUAUUUCCAUGAAAAGCAAAAUGAAGCGGUGACAGUUCAGGUUCUAAAUCAGCUCAUUCAGAAGGUCCAAGACGAUCUGCCCAACCUGGAGGCAUGUGAGGAGGCAGAGUUGAUAAAAAAGCACUUCCACAACACGCUAGAGCACCUACGUGUUCGCAAGGAGUCCUCUGAAGCCGAUGGCGCAGCUUAUGAUGGGCUGCUGUUGUAGAGGACACUGCGCAGACCUUAAUCCCCCUGCCUGCAUUACACUAUUGUGUUCAUAUUUUUUAAAAAUGCUUGUUUUUCCCACUAGCUGUGUAUGAUUUUUGCCUUUUUAAUGUCAGACAAUUUCUCUGAGUCAAUUUUCGGUGCAGUUCAGCUCAGUUCAGUUCUACUAAUAUCAUAUACAUAUGCUCCUCACUUUAUGAUGGUUUGACAUAUGACAUUUCCACUUUAUGAUGGCGUCAGGCUAUUAAUUUUGAUCUUUUCCUGGCUAGCGAUAUCCUGUAUGAUGCUUUCUGCUAAUGCUGGCCUGUAGCAGCAUCCAUCCAGCCACACUUCCAGUCUCUCUUGGGAUCAGAAGUGUAAACGUUGAAUAUAAUGUUUAGCUCUAAUGUCCAAGUGUGUCAUAUUCAUAUCAUAUCCAUAUUUGAUUUACGAUAUCUCCGGCUCAUGAUGGGUUCAUCGGAGUGUAGCCCCAUCGUAAAUCGAGGAGCGUCUGUAGUGCCCAUCCCAAUGUGGUUACCUCAGCCGGCGAACAAAGUGAUAUUGCAGCAGCAGAACACAUACAUGGUAAAAUUCUAAAAGUAUGGAUAAAAAAGAAGUAAACAAGAGCUUCUGUUGUAAAUCGAAGAAUUAAAGUUCUCUGCGGUUCCGGGCCAUCUCACUGCCCAGUCCACUGGUCACAGUUUAUUCCCUGGUUCUUUCUCCUAUUACUUUGAGUGAAACAAUUUGGCCCAUGAAGCUCAGGGUACAGUUUCCUUUAAGCUUAGGUGAGCCCAGGGCACGGCCUUAUUCUCACUCAGCCGCUUUGUGCUGGUAACUUUCAGUAUCUCUUGCAGGGAAUCCUGGGAAUAAGUGUGUAUAGUGUCCUUGUAUUCCUGGUGUACGCUAUAUGUAGGGGUGUGUCUCUGACAAUCUGCUGGGGCCAGUGGCUAAUUCAUUCAUCUUUCACAGAGGCUGCAACAUUUUUUUUGUCUUUGACUUUAUAUUUUUUUAAUCUGCAUGUGUCAUUUCAGUUAGAAGUAUGUAUGACUAUUUGAAAUGUCUUUACACUUGGAGGAAGUUUAUUCUUUGUCUUCACGUAACAUUUCUGUUAAAGGAAACUUUUAUGGCUGCCUUUAUUUUGAUAUUAGUUAUCACUGAAUGUUCAAACCCCACCAUUGAAACUUUAAACAUCUAGAUUAUUAUUAGAAAAAAUAUUGUAUUUUUAACAUUAAAUUAUAUCAUUGUCAUUUUCUUUGACUAAUACAGAUAUGUGUAUUGAUAAAAUCUAUAUUAUAUUGACAUUAA